CUCUGGGGAACACAGACUGAGUGUUCCAGAUAAUCCCUUUUGCGGUCCUGCCCGACCUCAGGCCUACGGGCUGUGUGCCUGGGCUUCCCGGGACUGGCUGGGGUCUGAGGAGGACCCACCCAGCUACAGGAUGAGGCUGGUCACCAGCUCCUUGAUUCUGUGGCUCAGCCUGGGGGGCGGCCUGGCACAGAGCGACACCAGCCCUGACGCAGAGGAGUCCUAUUCAGACUGGGGCCUCCGGCACAUCCGAGGCAGCUUCGAAUCUGUCAACAACUACUUUGAUUCCUUUCUGGAGCUGCUGGGAGGGAAAAAUGGAAUCUGUCAGUACAGGUGCCGAUAUGGAAAGGCACCAAUGCCCAGACCGAACUACAAGCCUCAGGAGCCCAAUGGCUGCAGCUCCCACUUCCUGGGUAUAAAGGUACCAGAAAGUAUGGACUUGGGCAUUCCAGCAAUGACCAAGUGCUGCAACCAGCUGGAUGUCUGUUAUGACACUUGCGGUGCCAACAAGUAUCGCUGCGAUGCGAAAUUCCGAUGGUGCCUCCACUCUAUCUGCUCUGACCUGAAGCGAAGUCUGGGCUUUGUCUCCAAUGUGGAAAUAGCAUGCGAUUCUCUGGCUGACACUGUGUUCAACACUGUGUGGACCUUGGGCUGCCGACCCUUUAUGAACAGUCAACGGGCAGCCUGCAUCUGCGCAGAAGAGGAAAAAGAAGAGUUAUAAGGAAGAGGUGAUUCCCUGUUGGUUCUGAGUGACACCACAGCUGUCAGUCCUGGAGAGGGGAAAAUGGGGCAGAUGUGUCUCAUCCCUUUUUCCAAAAGCUUGGACGCCUCAAAGCAGGAGGAAGGAAACACUUGACAGCUGGAACUUGAGUCCCAUCCUUUGAGGAGAAUUGGAAAGAAGACACGGAGUGAUCUGAAGCUCACUCGUCACUUUAACGCUGGUCUCCCCAACUCAGACACAUUCGCCUGGAAAUUCAGGCUCUUCGCUUAAAGACUCUAUAAAUAAAGACUAAAUACUGGGAUUCCUGAACUUAACAAUCAUAUUCAUAAGUGAAAUUUUGGAGAGUCCAACCAUUUGGGAAGCAGUGAGUUUCCUCUAGUCCAUGUGUCAGUUGCCAGUAAGCAUCUCACAUAUAAUAAAGUGUACUUUUUAGAAAAUUUGAAAAGAGAUGAAUGAAUUCCAUUAUCACUAAUUUGCUUCCAUUUUGCUUAGAAGAAAACAGAACCCAACCUGGUGAGUUCCAUCAACGAUCACAGUUAUUCCCUCUGGUGCUGAAGAAGUAAGAAUCAGCAGUCACAAGCUCAUGUGAUGAAAGCCAGUGCAGGUGGAGGUUAGGUGGAGUUUGGUCUCUGAGGUUCCAUUUCUUUUCCUUCAGGGAACAAUUCCCGUUAACAUCCCCAAGUACUAGGUGGUCUUCGUAUCAUGUUAAGAUCUGAGAAGCACUUCGUAAAAAUUGCCACUGAAGAUAACUUGAAAAGUCCCUAAAAUCUGGGGGGAGUGAGAGACAAGUGGCCAUUCCCCAAAUAGUGGUUCUCAACCCUGACAGCAAAGUAGAAUCAGCGGAGGAGAGCUAGAACACAAAGGCUCUCAGGGGGUGGCGUCCACAGACAGGUGCGCCUUGUUGUGUUGAGUUUGGCUCUAUUGCACUUCACAGACAUUACAUUUUUACAAAUUGAGGGCAAGACCUCCCCCCAGAAAGAAAGAUUAUGAUGUGCUUUAUUGAGAUACUCACUGUAUCGUCGUGGUCUGGAACCAAACUGGCUGUAUCUCUGAGGUAUGCCCGUGUUGCUAUUUCAUAAAAGCGAUUCUGAUGCACUGUGAGGACUGAGGGCCACGAGGGCAGGGAUUGGCAACUGAAAGCCCGUGGACCACAUCAGGCCCGACCCUUGUUUGCGUUAAAUCUGAUUAGAACACAGCCGUGCUCACCUGUGCCUGGGGCUGCUCACGGGACACAGCAGCGGAGUUGAAUAUUUGUGACACACACGGUACAGCCCAGGAAGCCUAAAAUAUUUACCAUUGGCCUUUUCAGGAAAAUUUGGUAAACCCCCAAUCUAGAGAAAUUUCUCCUUUCCUUUCCUUUUGUUUCCUUUAAUGUCACUGGUUCCAUCAAGAUGUUGAUUGUAGCCAUUUCUAAAAAGAAAAAGAAGAAAAGCUGUUUUCUGAUCUUACGUAAACCCACAAAAUUAAUAUUAAGAAAUUGGAUUUGACUGAAGAUAAAAUGUAUCUCUACAGUUUAUGCUAUUUAUUUCAAUAAAAUAUAUUAAGCACCUACAAAA